AUGAACUACCUUCUCAAGAAACAAAUGUUUGUAAAUGGAGCUUCUCCUGCUGCUAAUCAAUUGCCAGAAGAUAUAGGUGCCGCCACAAGUCAAACCGCUUCCGGUGCUGGAAAUCAGCCAAUAAACGGAAACCAGGGCCCAUCACUACCGCCACAAGAAGUACCUCACGACCACGACAACACGGUCGAAUACAGUAGUAAGGAAGAUGAGAAGGACGCACAAAACGAUACUGUUGAAGACAUAGAUGACGUUGAAGAUGACGAUGAUGAUGAAGCCAACGAAAAUAGUCGCAAUAGAACUGAGGAAGAGAGGAAUGACGAUCAAGAAGACAGUCGCAACGAUAGUGUUGAAAAUAAAGAUGAUGAUAAGGACCGAGACAGUAACUACAAGUCCGGUGAAGAUGGAAAUGAUAAAGAAAAGGAUGGUAGUCGCAACAAAUCAAACGAAGAUAGACAGAAUCACACAAAAGAAGACCAGAACAAAACUGAUGAAGAUAUAGACAAUGAUAACGAUUCAGGCGAAGAUGGAGAUAAUAAAGAAAAGGAAAAAGAUAGUAACAAUGUUAAUGUAUCGAAAAAUGACAACGAAGGUAGUCGUAACAAUUCAAACGAAGAUAGACAGGACCACUCAAAGGAUGACCAGAACAAAACAGAUGAAGAGAUUGAUAAUGACAACAAGUCCGGUGAAGAUAGAGAUGAUAAAGGAAAGGAAAACAAUAGUAACAAUGAUAAUGUGACGAAAAAUGAUGAUGAAGGUAGUCGCAACAAUUCAAACGAAGAUAGACAAAAUCACACAAAGGAAGACCAAAAUAAAACUGAUGAAGAUAUAGAUAAUGACAAUAAUUCCGGCCAUGUUGGAGAUGAUAAAGAAAGUGAAAAUAAUACUAACAAUGCUGAUGUAACGAAAGAUGAUGACGAAAGUAGUCUCAACAAAUCAAACGAAGAUGGACUCGAUCAUACAAAGGAAGAUCAAAAUAAAAUGGAUGAAGAUGUAGAUAAUGAUAAAGAUGACGAUGAUCAAAACAAAAGCGAUGAAGCUAAGAAUGAUGAUCAAGAUAGUCGCAACAAAUCAAACGAAGAUAGACAAGAUAUUACACAGGAAGACCAGAACAAAACUGAAGAAGAUAGGGAUAAUGCCAGCGACGACGACAAUCGCAGUAAAACAUAUAAUGACCUCAAAGAGAAAAUAAAACAACAACAUCAAAAGCAAUAUAAAAUUCAGAAACUAGAAAAACUGAAACAACAAUUGGAAAACUCUGGACUUCUGAACAAAGCUCCAUGCAUCCGCAGUCUUUGUGCUUUAGAAUGCCUCAAAUCCAAUCGCCACGGAGGUUAUUGCCUCAGAGGUGUCAUCUGUACAUGCUAUUAA